UAUUCUACAGCUCUUGGUCAACUAGUUUCGGCGACAGUCCAAUUCGAACAAAUUUGUUCGAAUUCAAUUCAAUAUGCAGACGAACUUGUCCGCUAUUGUCCCACUCUUGUAAGAGUACUUCAAGAACGACUCUUCAACCAGUUGCUUCCUACCUUACGCAGCCCAAUUCAAAUUCAAUUUGCCCGUGCAGCCAUAAACUUCACUCCGUACUCGUACAGCUAUGAUGAGGAUGAACUAGCUGACGAGUACGGAGCCGAAAAUGUUGGCUGGGUUUUUCGCACAACUCCUUGCGAAUUCCAAGUUGAAAUUGUCAACCAUUUCCUCGUUCGUACUAUUUCGUUGCAGAAUGAAGACAACGAAAAAGAUGGAGUCAUUCCAGGUGACCGUGUAAGAGUCAUUUUCCAACGCAAAAGUGGACAAGAAAUUGUAUUCGAAGAAUUGGUUUGCAUAUUCUUUAGCAAUGGUCAAGACUACUGGGAAGGAAACUUGGUAUUAGUCCCCGGUGAAACCAUUUCUGUUUCAUCGGAUUUGAACCAUCCAUACAAGAUAUGGUUCAAUUACGUUGCAUAUAACGCAGAAGACCCGAACUUUGACUCAGAAUAA